AUGAGUCGGAGUUUGGGGAUUCCGGUGAAGCUACUGCACGAAGCGUCGGGGCACGUGGUGACGGUGGAGCUGAAGAGCGGCGAGCUUUACAGAGGCAGCAUGGUGGAAUGCGAGGAUAACUGGAAUUGUCAGCUUGAAAACAUCACUUACACUGCUAAGGAUGGGAAGGUCUCACAGCUCGAGCAUGUUUUCAUUCGUGGAAGCAAAGUCAGAUUCAUGGUGAUACCAGAUAUGCUUAAGAAUGCUCCAAUGUUCAAGCGUUUGGAAGCUAGAAUCAAGGGCAAGGGUUCUGCACUUGGUGUUGGUCGGGGACGUGCUGUUGCCAUGAGAGCUAGAGCUCAGGCUGCCGGUCGUGGAGCUGCCCCCGGCAGGGGGGUUGUGCCACCUGUGAGGAGGUGA